AUGAGUGACCAACAAAAAAAAGUGUAUGCCUUAUCCAACGGGUUCGCCUACUCCCAUCAUCCAGGGGCUUCUUUAUUAUCAAGACCAGAUGGUUCAAUUACAUUGCAAGACUUCCAUUUAGUUGAAAACAUUGCACAUUUCGACAGAGAAAGAAUUCCAGAAAGAGUUGUCCAUGCCAAGGCUGCUGGUUGUAAAUUCGAAUUCGAAUUGACAGAUUCCUUAAGUGACAUCACAUUUGCUGCUCCAUACCAAAAGGUUGGUUACAAAUGUCCAGGUAUGAUCCGUAUUUCCACCGUUGCUGGUUCUUCUGGUUCUGCAGACACUGUUAGAGAUCCAAGAGGUUUUUCCUUUAAAUUCUACACUGAAUGGGGCAACCAUGAUUGGGUUUUCAACAAUACACCAGUUUUCUUCAUUAGAGAUGGUCUAAAAUUUCCACAAUUCAUUCAUACUCAAAAGAAAGAUCCUCAAAACCAUGCUGAUGGUGCGGAAGAUUCAAGUCGUUCUUGGGAUUUUUUCACUCAAAACUUAGAAACCUUACAUCAAGUUGUUUAUCUACAUGGUCCAAGGGGUAUUCCAAAAUCUUUGAGUGACAUGAACGCUUACUCUGGUCACACAUUCAAGAUGAUUAACGAUAAAGGUGAACUUACCUAUGUUAAUUUCCAUGUCAAAUCUGACAAGGGUUUCCCAACUUUGAGCAACGACGAAGCUAGUAAAUUAGCUGGUACCCGUCCAGACUAUAGUACAAUUGAAUUGUUCAACAAAAUUAAGGAAGGUAAGAAGCCAGGUUUCACAUGUUACAUCCAAACUAUGACACCAGAACAAGCUGAGAAAUUCAGAUAUUCUGUUAAUGAUUUAACUAAAGUUUGGCCACACAAGGAAUUCCCAUUGAGAAAGUUUGGUAGAAUUACCAUGACUGGUAAUGUCGAUAACUACUUCCAAGAAAUUGAACAAUUGGCUUUCUCUCCAUCAAAUACUUGUAUCCCUGGUAUUCAACCAUCUAAUGAUAACGUUUUACAAACCAGAAUAUUUUCUUACCCAGAUACUCAACGUUACAGAUUGGGUGCUAACUUUAACCAAUUAGACGUUAAUAGACCAAAGAAUUUGAACGGCACUGCUGCUAGCCGUUGUCCAUAUGCUGCUUCAAAUUUCCAAAGAGAUGGUGCAAGUACUUUAUAUAACCAAGGUGCCAUGCCAAAUUACAUCUCUGGUCAACCAAACGCCAGCUUGGAAUACAAAGACUUAACCAGUGAAGAUUUCUUCAAAAACAAAUACAAGGGUGCUGUUACUGAAGAGAGUUUAAAGAAAUAUAUCUUAGAACAAGAAUCAGCUCGUGCUGCUCAUGAUGCCGUCAUCAAUGCUAAGUUACCAGGUUACUAUUCUGUUAGUGGUGCAUCCGAAUUAGACCUGGAGCAACCAAGAGCUUUAUACGAAAAUGUAUUCACAGAACAACAAAGAAAAGACUUCAUUGACACUGUUGUUGGUAGUGCUAGUAACAUUCCAAAUCCAAAAUUAAAGACUACUGUAUCUCAAUAUUUCGGUUUAUUAAAUGCUGAUUUAGGUAAAUCUAUCGCCGAAGGUUUGGGUAUUGAAUGGGUUCCAGUCGAUUUAGAAGGUUACUUUGACAGCAUCGGUAGAGCUAGUGCCAAAUAA